GAAAUUCUGACUUGAUUGCCCAGCUGCAGACGCGUUAACAUACGGCAGUAUCCGGGUCUAUUGGGGUUGAACUUUACAAACGGGUGAAGAAUCCCCCUUUCGAGAGUUACUUUCCAGUUACUAAGCUGAGGAGAGAAGGAAAAGGAAGAAAGGGAAAGAAGAAGAAUGAAUUCAACCGAAUCUCCCGCAUCCCACCACACAGAGAAAAGAUGCUUCAAAACUUCCCAAGCGCUCCCAUGGACUGUGGCUGGGGCCUCGAUCCUGUUUCUCGGUGUCUGUUUCAUCACCAGAUGUGUUGUAACGUACCGCACCUUUCAAAUUUAUGGGGAGAAAGAGUUACAGACACAUGAAACUAUUAAGGAGCUCUCCUGCUACAGCAAAGCAUCAGGUUCGGUGAAGACUUGCUGUCCUUUGAACUGGAAACAUUUUCAAUCUAGCUGUUACUUUUUCUCCACGACCACCCUGGUCUGGCCGUCCAGUUUAAGGAACUGCUCAGACAUGGGGGCUCACCUGGUGGUUAUCAACACAUUGGAAGAGCAGGAAUUCCUUUUUCGCACAAAACCUAAAAAGAAAGAGUUUUAUAUUGGACUGACCGACCAGGUAGUAGAGGGACAGUGGCGAUGGGUAGAUGACACACCUUUCACGGAGUCCCUGAGCUUCUGGGAUGCUGGGGAGCCCAACAACAUAGUUUUGGUGGAGGACUGUGCCACCAUGAGGGACUCUUCAAAUCCCAGGAAGAACUGGAAUGAUAUACCCUGUUUCUACAGCAUGCCGUGGAUUUGUGAAAUGCCAGCGAUGAGUCCUUUGCGCUAAGUGCAAGGGAACACAGGAGACAUGGUUUAAAUGCAUGAGGAGGACAAGAGUGUGACAACAUCCAACAUCCAACAUGAGGAAACAUCCGUUAUGUAUCAUAACGGCCACAUAUGUAUGUGUUACUCUGAUAUAAGUAAAAGUGGGUUGUUCCCAUUGUUAAAAA